CACGAAAACUUUUACGUUUUGCCAAAAUCUCAUUUAAGUGUGCCGGGUGCGAUGUGCAACCUGGCCCUUCACCUUCUCGUGUCCCUCGUGUCUCUCUCUCCCUCUCUCUCCAAGCCGCAGAUCUCGUCGCACCUCUCUUUGCCCGUCGGCCCUCUUCCGUCACACCCUCCACCGCCUUACUUGGCAUUUCGUCUUGACUCCCGCUCUGCUCCAACAGGCCCAUCACACGUCGAUCAUCACACCUCGACCUCACCUUCUUUGCCCUCAGACCAAACAACAAGGCUCACCAGUCGAUUCGAUCUGCGCUACUUCACAUUUCAGCGUUCAUCAUCUUGCUCCUACCCAACCAACUCGCUGUGCAAGAUGAAGCUGUCCAGCAUGAUCCUCAGCUUUGCCUUGCUGGCUGUGCUUGGUCUUGUGAACUCGCUUUCUGUUGACUUUCCUGCCUCUGCCAAGGGUGACGGGUACUGGGUAGCCAACGCCACCAACACGCUCAACUGGCGGGCCAACGCGAGUGAUCCCGAGUACUUUAGCGUUCAGCUGCUCAACUCCAACUCUAGCAGCCUCAAUGGCAACUUUCAGAUCGCCAAUGCUAUCAGCACUGCCAACGGAUCAGCUCAGAUCUUCAUCGACAACAUUCCAUCCGGCUCUUACACCCUUUUGCUCGUCAAUGCCAGCAAGUACAGUCUCAACAAGCCACAAGUCUUUUCCACUUCCUUGCCUUUCCAGUUGAAGCCAAAGGGUACUGAAAAGGCCAAUGCCAACCCUUACGCCACCGCAUACAGCCACGAUGGCUCGUCGUCCACCACUACCACGAACGCAAACGGUCAGACGGUCAACAACGACGCUUUGGACUCGGCCAAUGCUGCGGGAAAUGGCACUUCAUCGAACAGCAACGCUCAUCAAGACGCUGCAUUGCACCAAGCUCCUGCCAUCCGAGCUUCCGUGCUCAUUGCGCUCGUCGCGACCGGAGUCGCUCUUCUGGCCUGAUGGGAUUAGGGAUGGCGGGGGGUUUGGAACAGUCGGCGCAUGCAUGCCGAUUGCACGUCGUCCUUGAUCCAUCCGCACAUGAUCCUUUCGCUCUCGUCUAUCUACCAAAGUGCCAGUCGAGAGGGCUCGUUGGCCCCUAUCGUUUCGCUCGCCGAGAGCAAUCCCCCCCGCCCCCGACUCAGCGUCCGCCCAUUUUGCACGUCAUAUGGACCUUUCUUCUCCUGCUCCGCUGACCUCAAGAGCGUAGCAAGCGAGCAAGCAAGCAAGCACGCAAGCAAGCAUUGAACUUAUCGCCUUGUCAGUGCCUGCUGUUGUGCGUGCUCGUCUUGUGAGAAUGGACGAGGGAUGUGGGAGGCUGAAGAGGUCGUUUGAAAGGGUUCAGAAUGUUUGGGGAAAGCUUGCAUGCGAUUUCCCCCCCCCACUCCUCCCCGGCGCCCCCGAUCUGCUGCAUACACUAAUCCAUGAGACCAAUCGAGAGCAUCGGG